CAGAACUCUUGUGUGCGUAAUAGUAUGGAGAGUUUGAUCAACCAGACAAAAAGACAAACUAUGUCGCUUUCAAGUCUUCUUCCUAUUACCCUCCUCUUCGUUUGUUAUUUGAUCCCGUUCGGAUCAGCUCUCGUCUGUUACCAGUGUUCCAACGUGAGUGGACUACUUCCGCAUAGGGACUGCAGCAACCCCAUCAACCAGACCUGUGAUGUCGGCUACAAUACCUGCUUGAUAGCUCUUUAUAACUUGACAAACAAUAUUGGCUCGACACCACUAAUUCAGAUGCUAAGGAACUGCAGCACAGCUCAAGAUUGCAACGACAACUGCAAUAAGAGGAACGAAACUACAAAUGGCGAAGUUCUGAAUUGCAACAUUCAUUGUUGCAGCAGCAAUGAAUGCAAUCUUGACUUUCCUGUGCCAAGUACCUCAAUACCAUCCACAGCACCUUCCAACCAAACUACCAACACAUCAUCCACAGAAUCGUCAAACCGACCUCGUGUUACAACCGACACAAAACCCAAAAUUACAAGCACUGCAUCCACCAUUAAAAUGGUCGGUAGCAUUGCCAUUGGGGCUGCUGUACUGCUUGGCCGAUUUACUGGGAUGUUUAUGGCUUAGAUAAUCGUGAUUGAGUAUAACCUUUCAAUCGGGAUCGUACAAUUAAUAUACCAAAUACACAACAUGGCACCCACUGCACAUCCAUAACCUAAUCUUACAUUUUAGACCAUUUAAAGUUUGUGUCGCGCACAUUUAGCUAAGGGGGAUAACAGGCCAYGACGCCUUAUCCCCCUCUCUCAUUUUUACAAUUCAACCAAAUGACCAUCGCCACAUAAUUGACUACUAGCAAACUGCCAUUAGACUUUUGAGGGUGGAGGAGGGAUGGAAGAUUUAAAAGAUAAUUUCCUGCACGGCCCGAAGUGCCGAAAAAAAAUUCCUGCACGGCAAAAUUAAAAAAAAUUCUCCGCUAAAGCUUUUGUAAAUUUACAAAAAUUAUUGCUAGUCUAAUGGAUCGACCCAYAUGGAUAAACCCUCUACUUGUGGAUACCCAAACAUCAAUGAGAUAUCCUCGCCAGAGGAUACUCGUGUCAUUGCGAACACUUUGAUACCGUGCUAGGAGAGUUAGCUGUGGGAUUAGACCAUGAAUUAGUUCACCGGCGUUAGAUAUGUCAGAUAUCGCCUCAAAUUAAAUUCGCCAGCACGAACGUCUUUGUUGUCUUUGAAACCAUUCUAGAAUGCCUUUACUYACUUGUCAAUCAACAUACAUUUUUACUCAUGAACUCAAAGCCUUGUCUAGACAUUAAUUGCAAGUGCGACUAACCGCGUAUUGAAGUUGUAAAAGCCACCAAACUAUCUUAGAUAUAUCAUUAAGUAAAAAGUAUGGAAAUWUGCACAAUACAAUAAAAUUCAAGCACCAAUGGC